GUCGUCCCUCAGGACCCCUUCUUUCUGCUCCGACUCAGCCUGAAGAAACUGAAGGCUACCGUCAUUGUCGACAUAUGGCCCCAGGUUUUAUUCUUCACGCUUAUCGCAACAAUGGUGUCUCUAGUGUCAGAUAUGACAACAACGUCCCUCGCCAUAUCCAACCAGAUGUUGACGGUCCUUGGAACAGUGCUCGGCUUGGUUGUAUCGUUCCGGACAUCGUCCGCAUAUGAACGGUAUCAGGAGGGCCGAAAACUCUGGACAAGUAUUCUGUUGGCCUCUCGAAACCUAGCGCACAUGGUGAGAAAAUCUUCUGGGAGCGACGCUCAGGAUGAUGAGAAAACCAAAAAACAGAAGCAGCUCCUGUCGGCUGUGAUCGAGAAGAAAACUAUGAUCAACUUGAUCCAGGCAUUCAGUGUUUCAGUCAAGCAUUUUCUACGUGGGGAGGCGGGUAUAUAUUACGAAGACCUUUAUCCGCUGGUUUGCUUUCUACCUCGAUACGCAACUCAUCCACCGGAGCGGCCAUCUGAUGCCGACAUGCUACCCCUAUGGAAAGCUUCGAAUAUGGUCAAUACGCCGGCUGAAUCCUCAGAUAAGCCUUUGCAUCUACCGCAGGCCACAAAAGUACAGUCCGAUCCUGGGCCGGAGGCUUCAGCAGCUACGAGUAAUCGCAUCGGACGGCGCAAGCGGCGAGAUACGUUCGACCCAGAGAAAGCUCUGCCUUAUGUCCCCAGCGACAAACCCUUGCUACCGGCACGUAAUCCUCCCGGAUCCUCAGUUGUUGAUAUAUUCCGAGUACUCUUCACUGGCGGGAAACGAGGCGGUUGGCGGCAUCCUCGUCCGACCAGCAUCUCCAUUGAAUCCAAUAUACCCCUAGAGAUUACGCUGUUUCUCAGCAGCUACUUAGCAUGGCUACUGAAGAAAGGAUACCUGACCCCGGCCAUCGCGACGGGAAUCACAAACAAUAUUGCCAGUUUACAGGAAGCCGUCACUAAUCUUGAAAGAAUUCGGAGCACUCCCCUGCCGUUCGCGUACCAGGCUCACCUGAGGAUGACCAUAUGGCUGUACUUAUUUUUCCUACCGUUCCAAAUCUAUUCCGCCUUUAAAUACCUUACCAUCCCUGCAACUGCAUUCGCUUCUUUCCUGCUCUUAGGUUUUUUGGAGAUCGGACAGGAAAUAGAGAAUCCCUUCAAUUAUGACGAUAACGACCUCGAUUUGGACGGCUUUUGUCUGUCGAUACAACGGGAACUGCACGAGAUCACUGCGCAUACAUCUCCCGAGCCCGACACGUAUAUAUUCUCGAUGUGGAACCAGCCUUUCGCCCCGGGCGACCGUCGAAACGCGGAGGAGAUGAUGAACGACGUCUCUCAUGAAUAUCUAUCCCCUGACACUGGAGUGGCUAGUCUGAGGAGGACUCUGCUGAAGAGUUGGAGGGACGUAGAUGGAAUGACGAGG